GAUGACUUGCCUGCAAGACACAAACCUUCUGAAGAUAUCAUGUCAAUCACUACCGAAUUAAAACUUCACCAGUUCCUAUCCUCGAAGGACAUACCCUGCGAUGAGAUUGAGGUCGCUGCUGGAGGGUCAGCCAACUUCUGUUGGCGUAUCACGACACAACUCGGCAAGCGCAGCAUCGCGAAACAUGCGGAGCCUUACGUUCGCAUAAUGCCUGAUGUCCCACUACCUGUCGAAAGGAUGGACUACGAGCACUUAGCCUUGAUAACUAUACCGGACAUAGUCUCCACGAACGAACACAUUCGCCUGCCGCAACUGUACAACUACUUUCCUGAAGAGCAUGUUAUAUGUAUGUCUGACGGGGGAUCGCAAGAUCUCAAAGAAAGCUACAAAAAAGACGACGACAUCGAUAUCCCCCUCCUAGGCUGGAGGAUAGGCGUUUGGCUGGCGAGACUGCAUAGGGAGACUUCAGAGCCGGAAACGCUAGAAUUUGUCAAGAGGACGUUCGACAGUGAAGUUGCAAAGUCCGUCUUCAGAUACACCUACAACGGUCUAGUCGCUGUCCUGAAACAACACGGCCACGAUCCUGCUCUCGGAGAGCGCAUCAACGCCAAAUUCGGCACUGAAGCUGCUUCAGAGAGAACGUGUCUCUGCCAUGGUGAUUUUUGGCUGCCCAACAUCCAGCUCGAGAACCAGGAUCCUGCUAUCAAAGUAGAAGAAGAGGAAGAGAUAAAGCUGCGGGCACCAGUGCUGACAGUUAUCGAUUGGGAAAGUGUCCGUGUGGGAAACGGCGCCACUGAUGUUGGGCGAUUUGCUGCAGACUCAUGGCUGCUAGAUCGCUUUCACGGUGGCAAGGGAUUGCUCGAAGCUUUUCUGAAGGCAUAUCUAAGCGAACAUCCAUUGAAGCAGCGUGACAAGGUCCGACUUGUUGUGCACUUCGCUGUGCAUAUUAUCUUCUACUCGAGGAUGAGGUGGACGGAUGGGGAAGGCACAGCGAAACUCGUACAGCUAGGGAAAGCGAUGCUUGAGGCUGUGGAAACAGAAGACUUGAAAAGCUUAAUCACGGGACCAUUGGCACAGCUGUUUAGUGAAUCAAAGUAACGUUAGUCACUAGGUUACGACAUCUUCCAUCUGGCAGCUCGUAAUGAGCUCAAAAAUCCAGAGUUAACAGAACGCGGCUUGCACUCGCCGAUUGCGAUGAAGUACCUAUAGCUUGGCUCGCCACGGAGGGCGGCGCGCUACCCAGGGACGGAUACUACAUAGGCUGCAACAGAAGACAGUUUGUGCUCCUAA